AUGUCACUAGACCAAUUGUCGAUAGGAAACGAGCUAAAAGAUUCAUACAAAGCCACAUCUACAUGGAUUAAGAAUGGUAUCAACUUUUUGGGCGAUAUCGACGAAUUCUACCGUGAACGAGCGGUUAUUGAAAAGGAGUACUCGACAAAGUUGAAAGAGUUGACGAAGCGAUUUUUUGAAAAAAAGGCCAAGAUUUCAUCAAACUUGUCGGUAGGCGAUGAACCUCAGAUUACACCUGGAUCAUUGGAAAGUGCCUCAUUAGUUCUUUGGAAUGAUGUGUUGACCCAAACUGAGGCAAUUGCUGAUGAAAAGGCUAAUUUCAGUCGUGAGUUGCAACUGAAGAUAAGUGACAAUUUGGUGAGUUUGAAGGGUAAAUGCGAACGUAUUGAGCGUCAGAUAGGUCUGAUUAAUGAGUAUUUAACCACUGAAAAGAAAAGUGUCGAGGAUGAAGUUGCAAAAGCGAAGAAGCAUUAUGACUCGUUGUGUCAGUCUACAGAAACCGCUAGGGACAAGAACCAGAAAUCGCCUAGUGAUAAACAUACUCGAAAGCUAGCGGAUAGAGAAGUUGAAAUGAAUAAUGGGAAAAAUGCAUAUUUAAUAAAGAUUAAUAUGGCAAAUCGAUUAAAGGACAAGUAUUAUUACCAGGAUGUGCCGGAAAUAUUGGACUACUUGCAAGAGUUGAAUGAAGAUAGGGUAGCCUUGAUGAAUAAAUUGUUGAAGAAUGCCAACAUUGUGGAAAGAAAUUCAUUAGAUAAGGUGAAGGAAAAGUUGCAUUUGAUUGACAACACUAUUGAUCAGAAUAACCCUAAAUUGGACAUUGCAAUGUUUAUCAAGCACAAUGCUGUUGAUUGGGCAGAGCCACAGGACUUUUAUUUCAUUCCAUGUUCCUUCUGGCAUGAUGAUGAAAGUUUGAUAAUUAAAGAGCCCGAAUUGACUGAGUUAAAAAAGCGACUCAAUAUUGCCACAAAUGAGUAUAGCAAGUUUGAACAAUCGAGUUUGGAUAUGAAACAGUCACUUGAAGAGAGCACAGCCAAAAGGAAAACUGAUGAGAGUAUUACUCUUAAAUUUGACUCGGGAUUGCAAAACUCACUCACCUUAUUGAGCAAAUUUAUCAAGGAGGACACCAACCGUGUCAAGAAUGAAGUUGAGAUUGAAAUUAUUCAAAACUUCGCUGGUGACAAGGACUUGAGCUAUGUUGCUCCUGUGGCACAAAAAAAGUCUCGAUUUGGGUUCCUCAAGGGUAAAAAGACUGAACAUGAACAAAAUGAUGCUCAUUCUGUCCACACUGUGAAAUCGCAAACGUCUAGUAUUCUACCAAGUGGAAUAUUCAACCUUCGAAGUGGCAAAGGGAAGGAGUCGUCCAAUGGGCCAACUGCAAAAGCUUUAUAUGCAUAUGCAGCCACCAGUGCCGAUGAGACGGGAAUGCACCCUGGUGAUGAACUUUCCGUCGUGGAGGAGGAUGAUGGUUCAGGAUGGACAUUGGUCACCGGUCCACAGGGACAAGGAUUGGUGCCCACAUCAUAUCUUGAAGUCAAAGCGGCAAAGAAACCGCCUCCAGUUGCACCAAAAAGAGGUGCAAAAAGAGUACAAUACUUGGAAGCGCUUUACGAUUACACUGCUGAUGGAGAAGAUGAGUUAAGCAUCCGCGCAGGUGAUCGGAUUAUUUUGGUUGAAGAUGACACAGACGGUAGUGGUUGGACUGAAGGAGAGUUGAAUGGAGAGAAAGGAAUGUUCCCCACUAGUUACGUAAAAAAAGUAUAA